AGCGAGUCAAUUGACUCUUUUGCCAGUGCUCUCGAGCCUAAAUUCAGUCUGCCGAGACUGUGCCUUCAAGUUACAAAGGGAACCUUCCUCCGAAAUUGGGCUUACCAUGUGACCCCUUCUUUCGAAAAUUUCUCUAUUGCUGAGGUGCGAUCCCAACUUGACAAUGUCAACUUCCAUACCGAGUUUGUUGCAACUUCAGAAUUGGGCGCCCCCUCCUCGAUGUUUAUUUUCGAAUAUUGGCGUGACGAGUCUAAAAUUAUUUGA